AUGGCUACAACCACGGUGACCGGCCAUGGACGCCGGUCGACAUCCGUUCGACAACCCGAAUUGCAGAUCCCAACAAAGUCCUCUUCCUCACAGCCGGUCAGCAGCCCGAUGGACCAAUUUCCUCCCUACGAAGAAACUCUCGAUGCGGCCGCGAGCCUAGGCUCAGGCUCCCUAAGCCGAACCCCCUCCGUGAAAUACAAUGAGACUUGGGAACCACGCAAAACAGCGUUGUACUCGCGAGAUCUCGUGAAUGGAUCUUUUAGGAACCCCAAACAACGGCCAAGAAAGAGUAUCAGCGAGACCAUCACAACUAUCCGUGCACGAAACGGCAGCAUGAGUGCUAAUGCACAAGAGCUGGCAGAAGCACUUCGAGCACCGGUCUCAUAUCGCUUGAUUGGCCUGUGCGUUGUGUGGUACUUGACCUCCGCGCUCACGAACACAUCUUCAAAAUCUAUCUUGACGGCUCUCCCCAUGCCUAUAACUUUAACGAUUGUUCAAUUCGCAUUUGUGUCAUUCUGGUGUUUGCUGCUAGUUUGGCUGUCCACGAUAUUUCCGUGGUUGCGAGAAAAUGUGCCAGUUUUGAAACAUGGAAUUCGUUACCCGUCUCGCGAGGUUAUAUCGACUGCUUUACCUCUGGCUGUGUUCCAGUUGGCCGGACACAUUUUGAGUUCUAUGGCCACCUCGAAAAUCCCCGUCUCGUUGGUUCAUACUAUCAAAGGACUUUCGCCUCUAUUCACCGUUCUUGCCUACCGGUUUCUUUUCCGCAUCCAAUACGCGAGAGCAACUUAUUUGUCCCUCGUUCCUCUGACCCUUGGUGUGAUGCUUGCGUGUUCAACAGGACUGUCGUCUAACUUCUUUGGUAUCGCCUGCGCGUUUCUUGCUGCAAUAGUCUUUGUCUCUCAAAACAUCUUCUCCAAAAGGCUGUUUAACGAGGCUGAGCGGGCUGAAGCCGACAUGCAGCAUCCAGCACGUCGCAAGUUGGAUAAGCUCAAUUUGCUUUGCUAUUGCUCCGCAUUGGCCUUCAUUCUCAAUUUGCCAAUCUGGUUCGUCAGCGAAGGAUAUCCUUUGCUCGCCGACUUUAUCAAGGACGGUGCGAUUGACCUGUCAGAGAAGAAGGGGUCUUUAGACCAUGGUGCACUGGCGGUGGAAUUUAUCUUCAACGGAGUUUCACACUUUGCGCAAAACAUAUUGGCAUUUGUCCUUCUAUCUAUGGUAUCCCCCGUGUCCUACUCCGUUGCCUCCCUGAUCAAGCGGGUGUUUGUCAUUGUCGCGGCGAUUCUAUGGUUCGGUAGCUCAACCACUAAGGUCCAGGGUUUUGGUAUUGCCCUGACAUUUUUGGGCCUCUACCUCUAUGAUCGCAAUAGCCAUGAUGAUGUGGCUAAUCGACGAGCCAAUGCAGACCACUUCCGCGCACAGAAAUCUAUCUUGCCCACAAACGUCCGACAUGCGAACAAGCCGUGGGAUUCGAAUGGCUAUUCUUUCCCUGGGCCCCGGUCAUAUGAGACCCCGGCGCCUAACAAUCUCCAUGCUUCUAAUAGUUCCAGGAAGGAAGACGAUGGUCCUGGGGUACGAGCUAGAGGGGCCAGUGUUUCUCGAAACUGGCUACCCGGAACCAAACAGGAAUCUACUUGGCAAUCCAGUGAUUCUGCUGAGGCUACAUAG